AUAUUAUUGAUUUAUUGUGCAAAAAAUUGGUUUCCAGCAGAAUUUGCUCCGCACUGGAGAUUUCGCAUCGUCCCAUUAUUCCUUUGGAGCCUGAUUAGAAGUCCUUAGCGUCCCUUACUUAGGUAGGAACUACUCCAAAAGGCAAAGAUUAGCGCAACUAAAAUGAACCGCUGAGUGUUGAUGUGUUAACUUAAGUUUAGCUAAACUAAUCCAUCGCCGGCUGGGGUACGGUAACGGUAGCUGGUGGUGCCCCUGGUGGGCUUGCGGCGCUGUACGGCCGGGACUACGGAGUACCGUACCGUACCGUACGUUGUUGUGGAGAGGCUCCCGAGGCCGAGCAGCUGGAAUACUGGAACCGUAGGCUGGAUGCAGCUGAGCCAGAGUUUCAUCAUCAAUCGUUGAAGUCAACAAGGAUCGCCUAGAAAAGGUGGAGAACAGACCAGAACCAUGUCCAUCAAGUUAGAAGUUAUGGAGGACGGAGUUGACCCAUCCCCUGACCAAUGGUCAAAUUUAAAUGACCCUCAUCAGCCAGAAGGAACUUUGAGUAUGACUGGUACAAUAUGUGUGAGAGGUGAUUCUUAUAUCACUGGCAGAGAGGUGCAGGAGGACGAAGGCGAAGAAGCAAAAGAUUGGACUUCUCAAAACAUCAAGGAGAAUGGCAUAGAAAUUUCUGUAAAGGAGGAUAAGGAUGGGGAAUCGGUUGAAGGAGAAGUGGACGAACAAAGUCUGGAGAGCAUUGAGGAGGAGGAUGGAAUAGUGAGGAGAAUCAAGGAGGAAAUUGGCGAGGAAGAGGAGGAGAAGAUGGACAAGGAGGAGGCGGAGGAGGUUGACGAAACGAUGGAUGGCUGGAUAGAAGAAGAUGACGAUCUCCAAGAUCUGAUGGAAAAUGACAAUUUUGAUGAAGAUGAAAAGACCAGACUGGAGGCACAAGAAAGGGGUUCACAUUCGGCUCGUGAUCAUGAAGAAUGCCGACAAGUCAGUCCCACUCAAGACUCUAUUAGCAAUAGGGAAUCAACAUCUCAAAGUUCUGACCAUGAUGAGCGUGAUGAAAAUGAUUCUGACACAGCUGACGAGAGCGAAAUGAUAUCUCGGGAGACAUCCGACGAUGGAAGCAAAAAACGAUUUUUGUGUACGAAGUGCGGACGUAGAUUCUUAAGAAAACAUGGUUUGAUGAUCCACAUGAGAGCCCAUGAGGGAAUCAAACCAUACAAAUGCUCUUCCUGCUUCUCAACGUUCACCCAAAUGCACCGCCUUAAUAUACAUAUGAAGAAGCACAAGGGAGAAGCGCCAAGCUUCAAGUGUUCCGAAUGCGGCAAAACGUUUUACGAAAACAGCGCUUGCAAAAAGCACAUGAAGAUUCACAAAGAAGAGAAGGCCUACAGCUGUGAUAUGUGCGAGAAAAGCUUUAUUUUUAAGAAUCAACUCGAUCGGCAUCUCCGGAGCCAUACAGGGGAGAAACCGUUUCAGUGCCCAACCUGUGAGAAGCGAUUUGCCCUUGGUUGUGCCCUAACGCGUCAUGUCAGAAUACACACAGGUGAACGGCCGUAUCAGUGCUUGACUUGUUUCAUGGAAUUUAGACAAGUAAGUCAUCUGAUAGGGCAUAUGAAAACCCACACAGGUGAGAAGCCAUUCGAGUGUCAGGUGUGCAGUAAGCGAUUCCCUGUCCGGAGUGAACUCUCAAGACACGAAAGAACACACAGCAGAGACAGGCAGUGCUACAAGUGUCCAGAUUGCGAGAAAACCUUCACCCUGAAGAAGUAUCUCCGGAAGCAUGGGCGAAUUCACAGAGCUGAGAAAAAAAACGAUCCUGCAGCUUGUCCGGAAAAAAAAGCCCCUUUAGAAAAGAGAUUGAAGUGUCCGGACUGUAACAAGAUGUUUUCCAGCAAGAGUGCUCUUGCACGACACGCCCUGAUCCACUCCGAUGAAAAACCUUACCAGUGCGAUCAAUGUCAGAUGAGGUUUAGGCAAGAGAAUCACCUGAAGGGACACUUGAUGAUACACACUGGGGAGAAACCAUUUGAAUGUCACGUCUGCCAGAGGCGGUUCAUCACCAACAGCCAGCGAAAGAAGCACCUCAUCGUCCACUCGGCAGAGAAACCUUUCCGAUGCAGCAAAUGCAGCAAGGGGUUCUCUUACAAGAGAACAUUGGAAGAACAUAUGAAUGUCCAUAAUGGAGCUCGACCUUUUCAUUGUGCUGUUUGUGAGAAGAAAUUUAGUCAUAGGAGUUGUCUUUCAGCACAUGCCAAAACCCACAAAUGAGAAAAACUGUGAUGACUGUUGUGCAGGUAUUUGCAUAUUAAUGUCUUUGUCGUCCAGAGGCCCGUAAAACAAAACUUAGCAAUGAUCGUACAACAUUUUUCUACGUUUAAUUCCAUUGACUACAAUGUACAAUCAAUCGUGACAAUCAUGUAUACGAUCAGUCGCUAACCUUUGUGUUACGUGACCUAGGUAAUUUUUUGAAGAUAUAAUGUAUAGGGUCAGCAUAGAUACAUGUAUAUACAAUUUUAGGUUCAGAAUGAUGUGAAUAUUACAAUACCAUGCCUUUGUCCUAGGCGGACUAUGAACGCAAUUCUGGGCUCAUUACCAUUAUGGUAACUCCGCCAUCCAAUGGUAUCUUGCAUGGAAUCCUUGAUUUUGAUUGGCUGUUGAUCAUUGUAACCAUGGUAGUUUAAAGGAUGGCAAAGUUACCAUGAUAGUAAAUUUUAUGUCACGGGGCCCAGAUUAAAAAUAAUCAGAGGUACUGAGGUAUUUGUUCUUAUUCUAUCAUGUCUGUGCCAUGGACCAGUGAUGGCCUUGUGGUAAAAUUGCUGACCGACAAGCAAUAGAUGAGAGGUCCAAAUCUCGCUGGUUCCAAGAUUAUUUCCGACUUACCGACCAGUAUUUUUCAUAUCCUCUAUGCAUUCUCAUUUUAUGGGUGCAUCAAGAAAUUCUUUCCCCAGUAUCAAACUUUUUGAGCAAGCCUUAGCAUUCUUAUCUAGGUAAUAUUUGUAAACGCCAAUAAAACCAACUCCAAUUUGACCAACGGUAUGUCAUUGCAUAUUGGUACGUGAAAUGUGCUCCAGCAAGAAUUGCACCUCGGCUGAUCUCUCUGAAGAUAUGGGUUAGUGUUGACAUUUGGGCGAUUCCAUGCUAGAAAAAUCAGCCAUUUUCACAAUAUUUUUCAACCUGCGGUCCAAACGAAUGUAGAGCUUCAAUUUGCUUUGUGAUAUUAAAGUACUACUGGUUAGACAUGCAAAAAACUGACAACCAACAAAAAUAUGUUGUCCAUAGGUGAAUUAGAGCUCAAAAUGUUGCGUGUCGUACGGGACAUUUCUGCGUCCCGUACGACACGCAACAUUUUCACCUAUAAUUUAAUACCCAUAAUCAAUUUUUUUGUGUUGGUUAUUAGUUUUUCAUGUUAAUUCCCACUAUAGCUUUAUCAUUGACAAAAAAUAAUAUUUUAUUGCUCAAGCAUUCGGCUAGGAAACUAGAAAUUGUUGUUCAAAAUGUCUCGUACGACACGUAUGGAAUCGCCCAUUCGGUUCUUCUGUAGGUUUUGACUGAUGUGAAAACUGAUUAUUACUGUUAAGGAUUGAAGGCAAUGUUUAUGAUUAGAAUAAGCCACGGUGAAAGAUGUAUAGUAGCUGGAUUUCUGAUUAAAUAUGCAGUGCAGGCAUUUGAACAAAUGUAAAUAUGAUCUGUUUCAAAGCAUUGCAUGAAGCACUCUGAUAUAAAGUUUUCAAAAAAUUGAACUCUGUCUUAAGACUUUAUGCUUGGGUUUCCCCAAGCACAGGUUAGUCCAUUAAAGGGGAAUGAAACCUUUGGAACAAGUAGGCUUGUGUCGAA